UAAUACAUUUAAGUGAUUUGACACCCGCAAAAUCCAAAAAGAAGCAAAGAAGAACAAGAACAAGACAACACCGCUUCCUUUACGGCAAAUGGAGAAUGGCGGAUGGUGAUAAAUCCCCGGGCGGACUGGAGCUCAGCAAGGAAUGGCUGGAGGCUGCAGACAGCAGGUUGGAGGUCCUGCACUACCUGAAGGAUCAGGUGCCUCAGAUCUUCUGCCUGAAAAAAGAACACAGCCCUCAGGAGGAAGAGGAGCUGAUGCAAAGCCGAAUCCUUCGCCCUCUGGAAUGUUUCCUGUUUGGAGGAGAUCCCGAGGAAGGUCUGGAGAAGCUCAAGCAGGGCAGCAACUCAUCUCAGUUCUGUGGGCGUGUUUUUAAAGAGGGAGAAACCGUCUACUCCUGCAGGGAUUGUGCAAUAGAUCCCACUUGUGUCCUGUGCAUGGACUGCUUCCAGAAUAGCCUGCACAAAAGUCAUCGCUACAAGAUGCAUGCGUCAUCAGGUGGGGGCUUCUGUGAUUGUGGUGAUGUAGAAGCCUGGAAGAUUGGUCCCUGUUGCUCCAAACAUGACCCAGGGGCAGCUACUGCCAUGGUAACGGACGAGUGUGAAUUGGAACCUGAGCUAUGUGAGCGAGCAGCAAAGCUUUUCCGGAUACUGUUGCACUAUGUUACUGAUUUCUUGGUUUGGGAGGAGAGCUUUGAGCUACCAGAGGAACUCAAGCCACGACAAAAGGAAAAUGCAUACUACUGCGUCCUGUACAAUGAUGAGCACCAUUCCUACGAACAUGUGAUCUACACCCUGCUGCGCUCUGUUAACUGUAAUCAAGCAGAAGCACAGACACACACAGCACUUAUUGACAAGGAGGGCCGGCGUGCAGUAAAGAGAGGAUUACUUCCUUCAUGCCAGCAAGCAAAAGAUCUCAUCAGGUCCAACUCUGAGCACAUUUCACUGCAGCCACUACGCGUGGAGAUCCUUCACACAGCAGUAAUGGCUCACCAGACGUUUGCCCUGCGCCUCGGAUCCUGGUUCCAAAAGAUCAUAAGUUACUCAGUUGGCUUCAGGCAUGCCUUCUGCCAGGUGGCUUUAGAGCCAAACGCAGACAGAGGACACCCGUGUCUUAUCAGCAGGCUCAUGUUGCACGAUGCUAGGAUGUACAAAGGAGCUCGCAAGAUAGUGCAUGAGCUGAUUUUCGGUAGCAUGCUGAUGGACACGGAAUUCAAGAAGCUGUUUGCAAUUGAGUUUACAAAGCACUAUAAGCAGCUCCAGAAGGACUUCAUCAAUGAUGACCAUGAGAGGAGUAUAUCCAUCACUGCUUUGUCUGUCCAGAUCUUCACUGUACCUACACUAGCUAGACAGCUGAUUGAAGAGUGCAAUGUCAUUAAGGUGAUAGUUGGUACCGUCAUGGAUUUGCUGCGUGAUCAUCUGGAUGAUAACAAUCGCUUCUUCUUCCUGGGCUAUAACUCAGACAAGUUCGCUCGCAUCCAGGUCAUCUUCAUUGACCUCAGGUAUAUUCUCAUCAGUAAACCAUUAGCAUGGACAGAGGAGCUGCGGAGACAGUUCCUAGAGGGCUUUAAAGACUUUCUUGGGCUUCUCAAGUGCAUGCAGGGUAUGGAGGAAGUGAAGCGCCAGUUUGGUCAACACAUUGCUGUGGAGCCAGAAUGGGAAGCUGGCUUUUCUCUUCAGAUCCAGCUACGUCACAUUCUCGCAGUGUUUCAGGACUGGUGUUCCUCUGACGAUCAGAUCUUGCUUCUUACAUUUAAAGAGUGCCACCGAGUUUUGAUGGAGUGCAACAACCAGCCUUUUCACAAAGAGACCACUGACUACUACAUGUGCAAGCACAUUAUCAACGUUCAUCCAUACAAAGUGUCUCAGGACCCUGUUAGCAUACAUCUACCAAUCUCCAGGUUCUUGGCUGGGCUGUAUGUUCUUCUGUGUCGAACAGGAUUAGUUGAGCAUCUGGAUAAUCCAGAGCGCUACAACUUUUCCGAGCUGGCAGAGCAUCCACUGCGCUGUGUGGUGCUGGCUGCACAAGUCUCGGCCGAAAUGUGGCGCAGAAAUGGCCUAUCAUUAGUCAGCCAGGUCUACUACUACCAGGAUGUAAAAUGCAGGGAUGAGAUGUACGAUAAGGACAUUCUCAUGCUUCAGAUAGCUGCUUCCAAAAUGGAUCCCAACCACUUCCUCAUGCUGAUCUUGUUGAGAUUUGAGCUGUUUGAUUACUUUAAUGAAACCUACCUAAGCAAAGACCAGGAUGAGAUGAUGCAGUUGAAUCGCUUGACAGAGGAGAUGCUCUACCUACUGAUUGUCAUCACUGGUGAGCGCUUUGUCCCUGGGAUCAGCCAUGUGACAAAGGAGGAGGUGACCAUGCGGGAGGUCGUCCAUCUGCUGUGCAUUGAGCCCAUGGCUCACAGUAGCCUGGUUAAAAGCCUCCCAGAGAAAGAAAGCCAUGAAACAGGCUUGGAGUCAGUCAUUGGCAAUGUUGCUACCUUCAAAAAACCAGGAGUAUCAGGACAUGGAUUAUAUGAAGUUAAGAAAGAGCGUCUGGUAGAAUUCAACCCUUUCUUCUAUCAUUAUUCAAGAUCCCAGCAUAGCAAGGCAGAAGAGUCGCAGAAGAAGAGGAGGGUGCAGGAGGGAAACGAUAAAGCUCUUCCUCCUCCAGUUCCCCCAGCGUUCUGCCCAGCGUUCUCAAGUAUCGUGCGUCUGCUGUGCUGUGACAUCGUUGUCAACAUUUUGAGACGCGUCCUUCAAAGAGCUGCAGAAGACCGUGCGACUCAGUGGACAGAGGCCAUGAUCCAGCGGGCUCUUCACCUGAUUGGUCAGGCAUUAAUUGAAGAAAAAACUCAGCUUGAAGGCUCAGUGGAGGAAGUGACCUUUGAUUUCAGCGUCAAAGCUUGCAGAGUUGGUUCAGAAAACGGCAAGUCAAUUUUUCUUUUGUUGUCCAAGAUUAAACCUCUUCCUGCCCUUCAAGCUCAAAAAGAUAUGGUCAAAUGGGUUCUACAGAUGUUUCAAAUUGUCAAGUGCCUUAGAGAGAAAUCUAGUCCAACCGUGUACAUGAGUGUGGAAACUACCAAGCCAGAGGAGAGUGCUCAGGACAAAGAAAAAGCUGAGCGCAAAAGGAAGGCGGAGGCAGCUAAGCUUCAUCGGCAGAAGAUCAUGGCCCAAAUGUCAGCAAUGCAGAAGAACUUCAUUGAGUCGAACAAGAUGCUCUAUGACAACAUGCCAGAGAGUGGAACGCAGGGAGAACCCGUCACUGUUACCGAUGGCUGUGCGAUGGAGCAGAGGGAGCUGUGUGUGGCCAUUGGGCCCCAUCGAGGGUUCACCCCAGCUGAAAAGGACGUGCUGACCUGCAUUCUCUGCCAAGAGGAGCAGGAAGUGCAGGCGAAGGCUCCAGCAAUGGUUCUGACCGCAUGUGUCCAGAGGUCCACAGUGUUGACACAGUGCAGAGGAAAGAUACCAGCCAACAGGGCAGACGAGACAACAUAUCCUAUAUUCAUGCCUCCUGAACUGUCAGUGGGGACCCACACGGGGAGCUGUGGACAUGUCAUGCAUGCCACAUGUUGGCAAAAGUAUUUUGAGGCAGUCCAGAAUACGUCCAGGAACCGGCUCCAUGCAGAGCUGAUAAUUGACCUGGAGAAUGGGGAGUACAUGUGUCCUCUCUGCAAGUCUCUGUGCAACACCGUUGUCCCUCUCAUUCCACUGGAUUCAGUAAUAUUUAACUAUGAGAAUGCAGAGCUAAUUGGACAGCAUUUGACCCUGCCUCGCUGGAUUCAGAGCCUCUGUGCUAGAAUCAAAGGGCUCAAGUCUGUCACUCAGGAUAAUGAGGGUGAUGGUGGUAGUGAUGGUGACAUGGGGCUAUGUGGGGAGGGGCAGCCAGACUUUAGAUCCAUUCUCAGCUAUGGGGUGCAAGAAACGAGAAAGUUCUCAGACAGUAUAAUGGAGAUGCUGGUUGUGUGCGCCACCACAGUCCACAGGGUGGGACUGCAGACGGGACCCAACGAAUUGUGCCCACAGGUGCCCCUUAUGGCCUGGAACACAUGUGCCUUCACUAUCCAGGCCAUAGAAAACAUACUCCAGGAGGAGGACAAGCCACUCUUUGGGUCUUUGCAAAACAGACAGCUUGCAGGUCUAAAGGCAAUAGUUCAGUUUGCAGCCACUCAGAGACGUAUGACGUCUCAGGCUGUGCUUCACAGGCACUUUGCUGACAUGUUCGGGGUCUUGUUACCAGCCCUGGGCAGAAACAACACCCCUUCUAUUAUGGAGGUGGACUUUGUUCAUCUUCUGGUAGGGCUGGUGUUGUCUAUACCUUCAUUGUAUCAGGAGCAGACUGUGGACUUGGAGCCUUCUUCCAUCAGCUCCGCCUACAACCACCUGUACAUCUUGCACUUGGUCACGAUGGCUCAUAUCCUGCAGAUCCUCCUCUCUUGUACAGAUUUCCCAGCAGUUGCAGCUGGGGAGGAGACAGAGGAAGCAAAAGCAGCAGCAGAACUGUAUACUGCCGUUUCGCAGUACACUGGAAGGUUCCUUCCAGAUGUGUCUGGCAGUUCAGUGGCAGAAAGAGUGAAGAGAGGAAUAGAACCUUUUCUGCGAUGUGCCGCUCUCUUUUUCAACUGCCUAACAGGAGUUAAUCCUCCAGAGGAACUUCUUAGUACUCCUGCCUCUGCUCAUGGACAAACUGAGGCACUAUGCGGUUACCUGGCACUGCCCUCCAAUGUGUUCCAGCUGUUCCAGGAGCACAGAGACACUGUUACUCCACUGCUGCAGAGGUAUUGUGGACACCCAGCUAUAACCAAAGCCUUGAAGGGCAAAACCCCAACAGUCAGAUACCCCAGAAAAAGAAAUCGUUUAAUUGAUCUUCCUGAGGAUUACAGUGCCCUCCUCAAUCAGGCCAGUCAUUUUCAGUGUCCCAAGUCUGCAGACGACGAGAGGAAGCACCCGACGCUGUGCUUGUUCUGUGGGGCCGUGUUGUGCUCUCAGAGCUCAUGCUGUCUCAGCAAGCUGGAUGGAGAAGAUGUGGGAGCCUGCACUGCCCACGCUGCUACCUGUGGUGCUGGGGUGGGCAUGUUCCUCAGAAUAAGGGAGUGUGAAAUUGUAUUGAUGGCUGGUAAAACUCGAGGAAGCACGUACCCGGCUCCUUACCUGGACGAAUAUGGGGAAACUGAUCCUCACCUUGGAAGAGGCAAUCCAUUGCACCUUUGCCCCGAGCGCUACAGGAAGCUGAACCAGCUGUGGCAGCAGCACUGUAUCCUGGAGGAGAUCGCCCGCAGCCUGGAGGUGGUCAACGUCAUGUUCGCCUUCGAGUGGCAGAUGUUGUGAGGACUGAUCCAGCUGUGGCGGCUGGAGAAAUAGCCAUAGAGGACAGUCUGCUCCAGUGCUCUUAUGCACAGACAUACACAAACAACAAUAAUCGAAGGAGGCCUGAGCCCCGGCCUGUUGGUGGAACCCACAGGGAGGUGGAUAAUGAGCAAACCCAAGUCGCCUUGAUUUAAUUUGAGUUUCACUUACAGUAAUGGUUGCAAAGAGGCUCAUUCCAAUAAAGACCAUCAUAAUAUAGACACUAACACAUUUCUUUGAUCAUGUAUUUGUCUUUUCUUAGUAAUGUUGUGAGUUUUCUAGAGCUUUUGUUUGUUUCAGAAAUGAUUGUCUAACUUAUAUUGCUAAGUUUUGCUGUUCUAAAAAAAGAAAGUUGCAUUUAUUUGAAAAUUUGAAAAACACAAACCACAUUUCAUUUUGCUCACAUAAAUGUUCGAAAGAUUAAACCUUUAGAUAUCCAUGAACCCUGAGGAUGGUUAAAAUGUAUAGACUGUACAUUCUAAGUUAUAUUAAAUAAGAUGAAGUAUGCUAAAGGCAAUACACAGUAACCUGCUUCCAACUUCUCAACAUUUAAUAGUUAACAUUUUCAGCCUUAUUGUAAUUUAAGUUCUCACAAAUAAUAAACCCAGUGAGUAAUGACGUGGGGAUAUGGCCAAAUUGAUUAUAAUGUCAGAUAUUACUGUAUGCUUGUACACAAAUAUUAAAGGGGCCAUUGUUGAGAAAA